AUGCAUCACAAUCGUGCAAUGAAACCUCAAAAUUUCUAUCGUCGGAAAUUACCACCAUCCUGUAUCAAUUUUGUAUCACCUGAAGGCAAGAGACUUUUCGUCGAAAGUCUUAUUAAAGGGCAUGCAAAUAUUUACUUUCGAUUAGCGUCACAUUUUUUGACCCAAAAUGAGCCAUCUUAUUGUGGUCUCUCUACUUUGGUUAUGAUACUAAAUGCGUUGGAAGUGGAUCCAGGUCGAGUAUGGAAGUCACCAUGGCGUUUCUAUCAUGAAAGUAUGCUUGACUGUUGUGUGCCACUUGAUGUGAUCAAGAAAACUGGAAUAACAUUAUCUCAAUUCGCUUGCCUAGCGGAAUGCAACAAACUUUGCACCGAAUUAAAAUACGCUGAAUCUAAAUCAGAAUUCCUGAGUAUCUUCCGAGAAGAUGUCAAACGAUGCAUGGCAGUUGAUGAUACGAUUCUUGUAGUUAGCUAUAAUCGUCAAGUGUUGGGCCAAACUGGUACAGGUCAUUUCUCACCGUUAGGUGCUUAUCAUGAAGAAAGUGAUCAGAUUCUUAUCCUGGAUGUUGCUCGAUUCAAAUAUCCGCCCCAUUGGGUACCACUAACCAUUUUGAGAGAUGCGAUGCUUAGCAUUGAUGCUACUACUGGUAAACCACGAGGUUAUAUAACAUUGAAAUUCCGAUCUCAAAUACAACCACUAAUACUACUUCGCUUGCAAGGCGAUAUCAGUGCUUAUAAAACAUUGUUUGCGCCACGAUUGAAAAAAUGGGAACAAUUUCUUUCGGAAGAAGUAUUGAAUAAUGAAGACUUGGAAUUUGAAACUGCUUGUGCGGUAUUUCGGGCUAUUUUCAUGGGAUACAUUGUAUUCUGCGACUUUUCUGAGAUAUUUCACAGUGAACGAGAAGAUAAAUGUGAUAACAUUUAUUCUGAUAUGCAAUUAAUGAAGGAAAAGAAUUCUUGUGAGCAUAUUUGUCGUAAAAUUUUAUCGUUGGAUAUCGCUUCAUAUAUUACAUCGACUGCUCUUUGUGUAUUAUUAUUAGCUUGGCCAUUACAGGAGACAUCAGAACGUAUGAGAGUACUUAAAACACGUUUAGAAAAUGACCUCAACAAAUUGGAUGAAAAAUCAUUGGCAAAAGUAAUGACAAUUCAGCAACAAAUUCAACGGAUAUCAAUUGCUUGUAAAAAUGAUAUGAUGGAAUGA